AUGACAAAUGAAGAGCAGGACAGCGUUCCAAGAGACGUGAGACUGUUGCAUCUGUUACUGGCGUCACAAAAUAUCCACCAGUAUGAAGAUCAGGUUCCGCUACAGCUCAUGGACUUCGCACACAGAUAUACGCGCGGUGUGCUCAAGGAUGCCAUGAUAUACAGUGAUUACGCAAGUGGCGAGUCUAACGCAGAGCUCUCCGUAGAGGACAUACGGCUGGCUAUUGCGGCACGUACACAAUACCAAUUCAAGCCUACUGCCCCCAAGGAACUGAUGCUACAGCUCGCUGCCGAGAGAAACAAGCGGGGUCUGCCUCAGGUCGUCAAUAUGUGGGGCACAAGACUACCGCCGGAAAAAUACUGUUUGACAAGCAAAGAAUGGAAAUUGGACGAAGAGACGGACGAGAGUAACAACCCUGUGGGCCAGUAG